AUGGCGAUGACAGGGAUAUCACCCUCAGUUUUCUGCCCGCCGUGGUCAAUGUUCACAGCUUAUCUUAUCCUUUCUCUCCACUUUUUCACGGGUACACUUAUCAGUGCAUGUAUACCUACGCAACAAGUGGAAACCACCUUUGUUCCUGUGACUACUACGACGUCUUCAUUGAUACCUUUGACGACUACUAGCACAGCCAUUCCAUCAAUAGUGACUACUACAACAACUACAACAACUACAACAACCACGACAAUGCCUACCACUACAACGACUGCUAUACCGUGCCCGACUGACUGGGAAGAAUUUGUGAGACCUAGUGGAACAUGGUGCAUCAGAGUAUUUAUGGGUAUUGGAGAUCAGCCAACUGCGGCUGGCCUGUGUGGUGGUGAGGGAGCAGUCCUUACCUCGAUUCAGAGUCAGGAAGAGCUGGACUUUAUGAGAAGCUCGUAUAAUACCGUGGUCGGUACACUUGGAUUUUUCUGGAUUGGGGGUCAGAGGACAGGCGCGUGCAUAUCAUCAGGAUUGACUGCGACAUGUACCGCACUGAAUUCGUUUUCAUGGACAGAUGGUUCCGCGACAGGCACUGCUGGAUUUGUCUGGAAUACAGGACAACCCGACAACGGAGGGGCUAUGCUUAACGAACCUUGCGUCACUGUGAACUACCUUGGUGUCUUAUCCGAUGACGCUUGUGAUAGAUAUGACGGUUUUGGAUAUGCUUGCGGAAAAGAGCCAAUGUAA